CAAACAUAUAAUAAAAAUUUAAUCAAUUAUUUAAAAUACACAUUAAAAUAUAAAUUAUAUCUGAAAUAUUAAAAAUUGUAAGUAAUUGACUAUAUUUUUAAAUUGAUAUUUCCCUCAAUGUAAUUGCAUAUUAUUAAGCAGCUAUAAAUCUGAAAAAUCGACUGAAAAAUUCGAACGUGGAGUAUUAACCUAUCGCAGAGAACCCGUUAUAACUCACGAAUAGUGUACAUAUAUACAUAUACAUAUACGAGAGCGUUUCGAAAGAGUGAAUGCGUGUGGAUAGGGCUUUAUGCUCGUUGAACGUCGAAUCCGUUCCCUGUCGUCCCACCAGGAUCCCCCACUCUGAUGGUUCGAGUCCAUCCCUUCAGUGGCUCGGCAGUGCGCGUUCGAUACACGGAAUCGCCUCGUGGUUCUCGGAAGGCAGUAGACUGUCGUCAGCCACGCCAGACGGCGCACUGCUCGCACGCUCAUUGCUCUCUCGUCAGAGAUACUCGCCUACUGGUUCACCCACGGCUGCUGUUACCUCGCUCUCGCGACCUCUCUCUCUCUCUUUCUCUCUCUCUCUCUUUGCUGCUGGCAGCAGCACAUUCGACUUAGCGGGCCGCCAGUUACGCAAUAAUAACAACGCCGUCAGGAGGUAUAGCAUGCGCGUACUGUGCCACCUAUACGCCGACGAACGACCCUGGAACGAUGAGCUGCCGGUCCGUCGUCGUCGCCGCCGCUUCUGCUAUUACUGCUGCUGCAAUCACUUGUUGAAAUAGGAGAGCGCGCAUCCGUAUUGCAAAGCAGUAGUACUAGUACAUGAGCAUCUUCGUUGGGUGGGAAGAGAUUGUGGUGAUAGUAGUAGUGGUGGUGGUAGUGGUGGUGGUGUCGACCAACAGCGUGGAAAGUGCGUAUAGUGUUGUUGAACAGGAAUUAUCUUACAGGAAGAGUGAUGAGUAGUAACGUAGUAGACACGACCGAAAGCGGAUUGAUUCUGUGCCGAGUGAGUGGCGCGGAUCAAAUGCUCGAUACGCGACACGCGCUUCGAGAUCCUACCUUACGGUGGAUCGAAUCAAUUCCUUGCCGUUUGAAUCAAGGAUGAAUAAACGAGAAAUCGCAAUGCUUAUAGUGUAUCACAAUUAUUCGCUCAAAGCAUCGUUGUCUUUGUUAUCUGUCGAGCGAAGAUUUGAAACGCAGAAAUUGACUUUUAUAAGUCUCUACCAUAGAAAAUUCAUAUGAAAAAAAAAUUCCGUGAUGGAUACUUGUUGAAUCAUUGACUGAAAUCGUAUCGUUAUAUUAUUCUUAGGACCUAUGUGACAAAAGGAAGAGGAAUGACAUAAGAAAGAUAUAUCGUUGGAGAAAAACACGAGGUGCACGUUUGAGUGAAGUACACAAAGCGGUAAGUACACGAAAUAUGUCGCGAUUAGGCGCCAAUGACGUCAGACAAGAGUCGUGGAGCCGUGUAAGUCGUAAGAGGAAUUCGUUUGUGGAGUUCGCGGUGCGUUUACCGACACAUUCACGUCGAUGUAUUCGUUAUAUUACUGCUGGCGAUAGUAAUCGUAGUAGUAACAACAGUAUCUGUCAAAAUAGUAUUGGUGCUGGUAAGAGUUGUGUAGUUUCGGUAUCAGUGUUGCCGAACAGAAGAGUGGUGGGGCUAAAGGAGAACCCGUGUGGAAUUGCUGCGUGGUCCGUCGUGGUAGCCAAUUAUAUUUUCUACGUGUGUGCUACGCGGGCAAUGACUAACUGCUCGCCGUUAAGUGUGUUAGUAGGAGAUAUCGUCGACGGACUCGUUUCUGCGUUGGUGUUACCGUCUACGUCAGCACCGGUCGGACGGGAUUUGCAUAGCAAACAGAUUGACGCGCUAGUAAGUGGAUAACGAGAGAGGAGUCGCGACUUUGUGUCCCACCGCGUACCAAAGAGAAAAGGAUAGUGCAUGUCUCUCUGUGUUGCUCUCAUGUUUCUGUAAGAAAGAAAGAGCGAAGAGAGUAGAGCCAAGAGACGCAGACGACGGGGCAAAUGUGGAGCUUAAAAUAGAAGAGUGACUUCGGCUUAAGUACGCGCCAGGGGGACAGGCAAAUAAAGAGUAACCGAAGAGGAUGUCUCCUUUUCGAUUUUCUUCCAAGGAAAUCAUUAUUGUGCUUCUUCUGUGAUACGUUACUCUAAUAUGUUUGGUACUAUUGCGAUUGUGGUCAUAUAAGAAGACAAAAGACAGAGAGAUAGUAUAUUUAUAUGUACAGAAAGUUUUUUAUUUACAUCCUGUGUAAAAAUAGUGAAUGAAGACUAAUAUUGAAAAGACGACAAUUAUCGUAUCAGAAAUUUCAGUAGUGAGUGUUCUGUGAUAAUGUAGUGCGAAUCGAAAAAUGAAAAAAAGCGAAGUGUGAUUCUCCAUUCAUUUUUGUCAGCCUGACAUUUUUUGAUUUGAAUAAAAACGGAUCAUCGUAACCGAUAAAUUGGAGGCGUCUGCAUCUCAGUUUCUCCUAUAAUGGAUCGUGACUCGCGUUCGUAUUCCUGUGGAGGCUGCGAGAGGACCGAGGUCCGAGCUAUGCCGAUGGAGUAACAAGUGAGCGGCGAAGCGGCGUUGCCAUGACGACAGAGACUCACACUGUGGCCAUGACAGAUCCACAGUUGGCAAAUAACAACAAUAAUAACAACAAUAACAAUAAUAAUAAUAACAAUAACAAUAAUAACGAUGGCGAGCCAAAGUACCUGCACAAGAAAUUCAAAAAAAUCGCGACAACUGAGGUUACAUCGAGGGUGGAGCCGAAGAAGGACGCUGUGGUCAACAACGGUACUCCAGAGCCAGGCAAGAGAAAGGACUUGGAGAAAGACUCUAGAGAAUCGCCGAAAGACCCGAUCAAAAUUGAGAUCUCCCCGGAAUCAGUGGACGGAGAACCAACCGAAUCGAGGAAAAAUGGUUAUGUGUGUCCUUAUUGCAGACUAUCAUGCGCAAAACCUAGUGUUCUGCAAAAACACAUUAGAGCUCACACAAAUGAGAGGCCGUACCCUUGUGUGCCUUGCGGGUUCGCAUUCAAGACCAAGUCGAAUCUCUACAAGCACUGCAGGUCCCGCGCUCACGCCCUCAAGAUGGAGGGUGGUGAUGCCAGCAAGGUAUCGGAGGAUUCGGAUAUAAGUUUGUCUGAUAGCGCGAGCAACGGUACUGGCACACCACCCCCUCCUCCGUCAUCGACACCUACGAUGACCGUAACCAGCGUGAAAACAAUUAAAACUGGAAAAAUUUACAAGCCAAAAUUUCACACGGCCCUCCAGUGUGCCAACAACGAUAUCGAAACGUCUUCCCUCUCUUCUACUUCUUCCACGAACAGUUCUUCCUCGACGAUAUGUAUAACCAUGCCGAAACCAAAUUCGGAACAAAUGCAGGAGCACAUCGAUAAAAUUAUCACGGACAAUCAGACGAUCGUCGUCGCAGUGGAUCCGCGAUUACACAAACUGGUUCAAAGACAGCAGAGUCUCGUGGAAAAGCAAUCUGUCGAUCAACCGUUGAAUCUCUCCUCAGCAAAGGAAUCUUCGAGAAAACGAUGCUACAGCGAGAGUUUCGUACAGGAAAGCAAAGAUUGUCCGAACGAUUCGGAGGGCAGUUCCAUAAUCAAGGAUCUCCUGCUGAAAAAUCAAAACUCAUGUCAAGAAAGAACGGCGGAGAACGAAAAUUAUUUUUGUCCCUCUUGCGACAUCCCUUACUCGGGUAUCGAUGUUCUCGAUGUUCAUCACAGGUAUUACUGGAACGGUAACGCGAGUCCCCGAAGAGAAUAUCAGCUAGAGAUUGAAAAAGGGGAAUCCGAUUUCGAUUCAAAGUCUUCCGAUUAUUACAACAACUUGCAACCUCUUCCUUCUCCUGGCCCCCUUCUGGGUAAUACAAGACUAGUCGACACGUACGUGCCACCCGUGAAGAAACAGAGAUCGGAAUCCGUACCGACUACAUUGCGAUCUCUUGAGGAGCUGAGCAAGUAUCCGCGGCCAAACUCGUUACAGAUGUUUGGAGGUGAGGUGAGAAUAUUGGACAACACUGGCGAGACCAAGACGAUGAGGAUCGAGCCACGUCAAACUAAUUCUCCGACGAAUGAACAGGCCAUGAAUACUAAAUGCGUUACUUCGGAGACCGCUUCGAUUGUGGUCAGAUCGGGUCUCCAUUCGGGUGGCACGAUGGUGUACAAACCACCGGGCACGCCGGCCAGCAUCCCGAGUUCCUCCAUAUCUUUGCCCAACAUGCCGAAAAUGUUGGCGCCGAUUAUACCAAACAUAUCAACUCCGAAUAUGCCGAGUAUAACUUCCGUAGAUUUAAUCGCGAAAACGGACAAAGUUGAGGUGAAGUUGGCGAAAAAUGGUGACGUGUCGCUUAAGGAAGAGACAAAACCGAACAAAUUUUUGAGGCCAACUUCGUUACCGUUGAAACCGGGCACGUUCACGCCUAAGAAGCAUCACGGUAUCACUCCAACAGCGAAUACGCUUCCGCUCAUAAGCCCGGAAACCCCGCGGCCGAAGAAAUCCUACGGGCAGCUUUACUUGAACGGACACGCUUAUACAUAUCUUGGCCUGAAAUGUUCGACUAGAGUGUUUUAUUGCACUUUGAACAGACCUCAGCCGAUGUAUGUCACGCAGCAACACGGUUUAUCCAUGUAUUCGAAUUGGGAGAUAUGCAAAGAAGCGCCACCUGAUGUUGAUAUGGCACAUUAUGAUUCGAGGCACAGACCGCUUAAUUAUACAACUGCGUGGAAAAAGCAGGAGGAUAUUUUGACGCAUUCCUCGCACAGGCCAACCACGCCGACUAGUUCGGACAGUGAUAUGCAAGAUAAAGCAAAGAGAGUGAAGAUAUUCGACGGAGGCUUCGAAAGCAAUGAAGAUUAUACAUACGUUAGAGGCAGAGGUCGAGGUCGCUAUGUUUGUGAAGAAUGUGGCAUACGUUGUAAAAAACCAUCUAUGUUAAAGAAACAUAUCAGAACACAUACGGACGUAAGGCCAUACACGUGUAAACAUUGUGCUUUUAGUUUUAAAACCAAAGGCAACCUCACAAAGCAUAUGAAAUCAAAAGCUCAUUACAAAAAGUGUGUGGAAUUAGGCGUUAUCCCAGUACCUACAGCAGUCUGCGAUGAAAACAUUGAUAAAGACGCUAUAGCCCGAUUAGCAGCAGGUGGCAAUAUCGAGGAGUCCUCGGAAGAAGAGGAAGAAAGCGAAGGAGAAGAGAGCGAGGAAUCGAGAAGCGAGGAGCAAGAAGCUGCACAGAGUUUGCUAAGUUUAUCGCAACGUAAUACGAAUAGAUAUCCGGGGCUAUUGCCGUUUGGACGACCUACGACUUAUCCUUACACUCUCACCUUCCCGACAACUUCCACAUUCGCGAGCAUAUCUACCACGAUAAGCAACAAUACCUGUCUGACUAGCCAACCUGUCACUAUGCAAAAAACCACUCUUGUUCGAAACGAAUUGUCCCAACGUUACUAUUUUUCGAGUCGAAUUAGUCCCGAGGACUCGAGGAUGAGCGUGAUCCAAUCAUCGAAGAAAGAAGAAUGCCCUGAUGUCGAAGUGAACGAGAUUGUCGAUACCGAUUCAACAAAUAGUUUGCCGCAGCCCAUAGAUCUGACAACGAAGCCAGCUUUGCAAACAUUGCCCUCUUCCAUACCGCAAAGAGCCAGGCCAGCAGACAUUUUAACUCCCGUUUCGGAACCGGUCUUGUUACAAACGAUCGUUCAAACUAUGGAAAGACUGCCGAUACAGGGGAGAGAGUGGAAACCGGAUGCCGAGGGACACAUGUUGCAAGCGUAUCUCACUGAAAGGCAUGUUAUGGAUAGCAAGAUUAAACAACAGUAUCGGGUGGGGAAUAUUAAGAAACAAGCGAAGGAGAGGGAUAUUUAUCCACAACAAAACUCUCCGAAAUCGAGAAGCAUCGAAUUAAUGGAAAGUAUUCCAGCAACGACUUACACCGAUUCCACCAAGAUGCAAAUGCAAGCAGUGAUGGAUUCAAGAAUCAAACAUACAUCGAAACACACCGCGGAAAAUAUCGGUUUAACGAGUCCUGUCAAAUCAAAAUUGAAUCAUGACAUACGUUUGAGCCAAGAUAUUCCUUCCUCAAAUAACAUGGAAAGUGUCAGACCGGUCAACAUGGACAACAGAUCUCCGAGCAGAGAUAUGAUUUUAUUGUCGGAUAACAGACACCAUACCCAAUCUCAAGAAUCGAGAAUUAAUUUUGAAAAAUUGCCAUUAAUGAUGCACGAAUCCUCUAAAAUACAUGAAGUCUCGAGACCGCAAAACAUUGACAUGAGAAACAUGGAUCGUAUCGAGAUGAAUCAUACGGAUAUAACGAAACAAAGCAUUGCGGAGAGCAUUAAACAUACAGUUGCGCGAAAAAUGGUUGUCGGAGGGCCAGGUUUCAGAUCACCCUUUUCUAACGCGUCAACCACUAAACCACAAGCUGAAUUCUUGCAGCCUUCGAAUGGACCUGCCCCUAAUUAUGUCAGUUACAGUGUGACUGAGGAUGGAAGAAGCGUGUGCGGAAUUUGUAAUAAAGUGUUCAGCAAACCUAGUCAGUUACGGUUGCAUAUCAACAUUCAUUACUUCGAAAGACCAUUUAGAUGUGAAAGUUGCGCUGUCUCUUUUCGAACCAAGGGUCAUUUGACAAAGCAUGAGAGAUCUGUUUCUCACCAUAAUAAGGUUAGUAUGACUUCUACAUUCGGGGCUGCAACCACUAGUAAUCCUAGACCAUUCAAAUGUACUGACUGUAAAAUAGCAUUCAGAAUACACGGUCACUUAGCAAAGCAUCUUCGUAGCAAAAUGCAUAUUAUGAAAUUAGAAUGUUUAGGAAAAUUACCGUUCGGAACAUAUGCUGAAAUGGAAAGAUCUGGUAUCAAUUUGAAUGAUAUUGAUACUACUGACUGUGAUAAUAGUCUUACUAGUCUUCAGAUGCUGGCUCAAAGACUUUGUGAAAAAGAUCCUACUAAAAUAGGACAAUGGGAUCCUGAAACAAUUUCAAGUCAAAUGAUCAGCGGUGGUGAAACUUCAUCGGAUGAGGGUGAGCCUGUGCCACAACACAUGGUGCAUCCAGAUCCUGUGAAAGUGACAGACGCGGACAUGUCUCGAUAGUAUCAUGUGCCAAUCUCGAACGAAGAUUCGAAAUUUGAUGUUCGCCAUACAAAUCUUCAGUUUAGUUAACAGAGAUGCGAGUACGGUAUGAAAGGCUAAAUCAACCUACAUUUCUCAUAGAUGAUAUGAGAGCCGAACAAAAUCAUGCAAUCAUACAAGUGCCAACUUUACGGUGUCUUGCGUACUAUGAAAAAGUUAAAAGUACAUUUGCUUUGUUGAACAUAAUAUCAAAUCAGAUUCUAGUACAAAUAUCCAAGGGAAUAGAAACAAAACUUUGGACAAGUGUAGAGAGAAAAAAGAAUACUCAAAAAAGAAUUAUGGAGAAAUUUGUAGUCAAGAAAGAUUACAAAAAAUAAUCGAAGACUCAUAGUGCCAAAAUAAUGCAGCGGACAAUAUAGACAAUCUGCGGUGAAAUUAUUUCAAAAAAACUUGUUGCCGUAAUCGAUAUAAUAGUUAUAAAUAAUUAUAAAUAGUAACAAAAUAUUAUCUCUUUUCGAAGGAAAUUUAUUAAAAAUGUCAUUAAUUAUUAAU